CAUCAUGUGACUUUGCACGAGCGACGCCAUAUUGCCGAGCUAUCAAUUGGCAGACGACGGGACAGGUGGUUGGCAAACAAAUCUCACGAUCACAAGUUAGGCAAUAUGAGUCUGAACGGCAUGGAUACCCACUGCAAACCCCGCCUGUGUCACCUAAUAAAAUGGCCCGAUUUUAAUGGAUACGGCUUCAAUCUCCAUGCCGAGAAGGGUAAAGCCGGCCAAUAUAUCGGCAAAGUUGACGAUGGAUCGCCAGCCCAGGCUGCAGGUUUGAAAGACGGGGACAGGAUCGUGGAGGUGAAUGGCGUAAAUAUCGGCAAUGAAAAUCACCAGCAGGUGGUUAGCCGUGUAAAGGCUGGAGGAGAGGAGACCCGCAUGCUAGUGGUGGAUAACGAAACAGAUCAGCAUUAUAAAGAUGAGAGAAAAGUCGUUCGGGGUGACCUCCCCGAAGUCGUCGUCAUCCACUGCCCGCCCCACGAUACAGAACCCGAGCAAGCCCCUCCAUCCUACACCGAGGUUCGUGAUGAAGAACCUGUUACAGAAGUCGUUACAAACACAGAGACGUCCUUCACCACGAGUACAAGCGGCAGCAGCAGUGAGUUCAUAUCCCGCCUCUGCCAUAUCAAGAAACGAGCCGAUUUCAAUGGAUACGGUUUCAAUCUUCAUGCGGAAAGAGACAAACCAGGACAGUUUAUCGGUAAGAUUGACGAAGAUUCGCCAGCCGAAAGAGCAGAUCUUCGUGAAGGCGAUAGGAUAGUGGCUGUGAAUGGAACAAACAUUGAAAGCGAAACUCACCAGCGAGUGAUUGAGCUGGUGAAGAGCGGAGGUGACGAGACGACACUGCUGGUGGUGGACAAGGCAUCGGAUGAGUACUUCAAGAGCAGCGGAAUUACUGUCAGCCAGGAUAUGUCUGAAGUGAGAAGGGUCUCCAGCGUGCCAGGAGGGGCUGUUUCUGUUCCAGUGGAACCGCCUGUUUUCUCCAUCCCUCCUCCUCCCAUCGAGGACCCUUCGGAUGAUGAAGAAUUUAACGUUGAUGAUUUCAAUGAGGCAGUACAGGAACAGGUUGAGGCGACUCAGGCAGCUGAGGUGGAAGCCGAGCUCCCGCCACCUGAGGAUAUUCCUUCCCCUCCUGAGGAUUUGGUCACAGCUGAUAUUGCUGAAAAUGACCAGGUUGAAGUUGAGCAGCAACUUUCAGCUGAAGUUGCUGAGACCGUUGAAGCCGUUGCUGAUACUGAAACCUCGGCAGCAGCAAUCGAAGAAGUUGAACAAACUUCAGAAGAAUUUGCUGACACUCCAGCUGAGGUCAUGGAGUCUUUGCAAGGCAUUGAAUCUGAAUUAGAGAAUGAAGUUGAGGUUGCACAGUCUGCCGAGGUGGAAGUUGAGGCAGCAAACGACGUACAUGCUGAAGUGACCGAGGAAUUGACAGAAAACAAUGUUACGGAAAUAACUGAAAAUGUAUCAUCUCAAGUUGAGGAAAACGUUGUGGAACAAGUUGAAGAAAAUGCUGACGUUGCCGUGGAAACAGCUGAAGAUGCUGCUACAAGUUCUGUGAAUGGACAGUCAGUUACAUCAACAGUUGAAACUGUAACAACAUACAGUGCGCCAGAGCCCGAGCCGGAACCGGAACCAACCCCAGCCCCAGCUCCUGUCAGUCAGCCUGAGCCAACACCAGAGCCCACACCAGAACCCCCAAAACAAGCAAACGGAACUGGCGAUAUCUUUGGCCUCAGUGCCAAGGAGAUGAAAGAGAGGCUGAAGUCCCGAAGAAAGGUUGACCCACGUACCCAAGGUGUAGGUUUCGGGGAGAAGUACAAAGUGUUUGAGCGUCUGUGAACGUCUUCUCAUCCUUAAAUUGUCCAAUCAGAACCAGCAUAACCAGUUGGAGGAGCUGCUUCAGUGCGGAGCUGCUAGCAGCUAGCGACAUGAGACUUUUCUAAUAAUGGAAACAUGAUACAGAUUUUUGCUCGAAUUUUCUUUUUGAAUUUGUUGCGAAUUUGUGGAUAUGGUUUGUGAAAAUGCCUAUUCACUCUUGGGUCACCUUCCAGACAGAUUCAUAAUGGACCAAGUUUAUUUGACUUUACACCUACACCUAUAUAUAUCUAUAUAUAUCUAUACAUAUAUUCGUUACAUAUUACAUUAUGUAGAAAGCUUUGUUGAUAUCCUCAAAGCAAGUAAGAGAACUCGUGUUUUAUUAUUGUUGACGAUUGAGAGACCAGGAUGAUUUUAUACACUUAUGCAUUCCAUGUUCAUUGCCUAGUGUACAGAGACUUUGAAGACUAGGGGUAGUAGUAUAUCUGAAGCUUAAGAGGAACUAGAAUGAUUUGAAUAAUUCUGCUAACUCAAGUCCACAGUGUGAUAAUGUACAGAGUUUUACAGGUGUAGACUGUCGCUCUGUCCACUCUGGCGACACAGACAUGUCCUUCGGACUGCUCACUUGUGUAAUUAUUCCAGGAACAAUUGUAUACACAUAUAUUUUGUUAAGAAUAAAUUCAUUUCAAAAACA